AUGGCUAGCGAUAAUGAUAAGAAAAUUCAUCGAAAGUCUUUCUUCUCUUUUGGAAGCGUAAGCCUAGACAAAGGGAAUUCAAGAGUGGACAUGACGAGUGCCAAGACACAUACACCAAAGAAUGAAAGAUCAAAGAAGCCACUUGAAAUGCAGCCUUUGAGAAAUAGGAAUCCAUUUAUUGAGGAGGUUGACCAUCAUGGCGAUAAAGAGGUACCGAGGGCCGACUCUUCAUCGAAUGCCCUAACGGGUUCGGAUAUUAAGCCACUUCGAAGAAUGAGUACAAAUCCGUUCCUUAUUGAUGAAAAAAUGACCAAUAUGCCGAAAACUGCACCAAGGAUGCGGAGGCCUCCUCCGCCGAUAGAUAUGGAUGCAGUCAAGGUCUUUGCUCAUACUGCUCCACUUGAUAUCACAACGAGUUCUAGCACAGCUCAAGUGAGCUCCACUGAUGAAACUCUCAAAUCUGCAUCUCUUUCUCCUAUAAGGACCCCCGUACCGCCAGUCGAAAACUUGUUGAACCAGCACAGACGCCAGAGGUCAGAAGCAGAAAAACUGGUCGAUGAUCUAGAUGACUACAUUAAACAGCAUGAAAAACGAAUUACUUCCCAUUCACCAGAAGAGGUAGAUCAUGAGGGAGAUCAUGAGGAAGAUGUUUCGGCAAAUAUGGAUUCGGAGGUUUCACUAGAGAGCCCGUUCUUGUCUGUCGAUCCGCUCAGCAUGGUAGCCAGCGAUCGAGAAAGCCGUUUAGAACAUCGUGCUGCCCGCAAAUCUGACUUGGGAUCUGAAAUCGAAACGGAUGCAUUCUCAUUUACAGAUUCACUUAAUGGUAAAUCGGUUAACAGCAUUCAACAAGUCGCCAUGAGCGAGGUAAAUGGAGCUGCUCCGAUACUUGUGAAAUUAGGUUACACCAACUCUAAUGCUACGCAAAGUGACUCCAACGAAAACUAUGAAUCUGCAAAUCAGCAAGCACAUCAUAAUCGUCCUAGGAUAGAAAAUAUUCGAGAAAUAACAAGUCAUGAUGAAUCACCAAAAGCUGAGCAAGACCAGUUUAAUGACAACGACAACGAUAGCUAUUCAUCUCAAGUGGAAAGUGAAGAGCCGCGGAGGACUUUUAGAGUUGUCAACGAAGACCGCCCGCAUUUCUACUUCCAAACAGCCGGGGAUACAACGACCAGUACAAACGCAAGUUCCACUACGGAAGAUGACGCUCCAGAAAGCAAUUGUGAAUCCACAAAUCAGAACGAGAAUGAGGACCGACUUUCUGUUUACAGUAGUUCGAAUCACAAAUACCCUCAGGAUUCAUCAGGUGAAGAUAGACAUAGCGGUAGGGAGCGGUCGAGCAUAAAUAAAUUCAUGGGAAGAAACAGUCCGACCUCCUCUGAAGAUUUCAAUAGAGUCGGAUCACUGCUUGAAGGCGGGGCAUUGAAGAUCGAAGAAGCGGGUGAUGCAGCGCCUCUAUUAGACACUCCUACUGUGUUGAGAAACCCCAGUAUCAGGAGUAGUGAUAGUACUACUACGACAACUUCCGGCUCCUCAAGACCAGACAAAACUGUGAGAUUGGUCUCCAGCUACGUCGAGGAACUAAGAUUGAAAUACUACAAAACAUCCAAUUUUCUAGCAGCCCCUCCCAAUCUACCUGUCACACUGAAGCAGAAGAAUAAUCUGAUUCAACCUAAAAACAUCAAAGUUCGCAUCAGAACUAGUUCAAAACAAAUUGGGAUAAAGCAUGGAGGUGCCAAGCAAAAAUUGUUAAGUCUCGAGACCGCCAAUGAAGACUCGAGGGAAGGAAUUAACGGUGCCAAGUUUCAAAGCAGCAAAAACAGAAUUGAUGUCGACCAUACAAAGGAGUUUCACGACUUGCUCAAUAAUGGAGGAAUGGGAAAACGUUCGAACAGCACCAAUGAUCGUAAAACCUGGCACGGCUCCAACGACGAUCCAGAAAAGUAUAUGAAUGAGAUACCAGGUGAUGACGCUUACGAUAGUGACGAUGCCAUGGCGCCUCUGCGAGAGACAGGUGGGGCUCGCAGCUUGAGAGGACCCACAAGAAGCAAUACAGUGGUUAGUUACUAUACCAAGAACCAAAAUCGAUUCAGAAGCGGGACGUUAGAUAACGGUUAUGCAUACUUACAAGAUCUUCCUGCUAAUAUCAACAUAAAGGACUACGAAGACAACGUAUCUGUCGCUAACAGUGCCAUCGAGGAAUCCAUCAUAAGCGAUGACUCCAGCUCCCUGGAGCAGACAUUCCCCUACAACAGAGGACCGGGUCUUCAUCUAGCUAACCCUGAUACCAAUUCAGACUAG